AUGAGAAACCACACAGUACCCACAGAAUUCAUUCUUCUAGGACUAUCAGACGAUCCAGAGCUUCAGACUGUGAUUUUUCUCUUUUUAAUCAUCACAUAUAUAUUAAGUGUCUCUGGAAAUUUGGCCAUCAUCACUCUCACCUUGGUGAAUUCUCAUCUAUGGACCCCUAUGUAUUUCUUCCUCAGGAACUUCUCUGUAUUAGAAAUAUCCUUUACAACCGUCUGUAUUCCCAGAUUUUUGGGCACAAUUAUCACCAGAGACAAAACGAUUUCAUACAAUAAUUGCAUAAUUCAAUUGUUUUUCUUCAUCUUCAUGGGUGUAACUGAAUUUUAUCUUCUAACUGCCAUGUCCUAUGACCGCUAUGUGGCCAUCUGCAAACCUCUGCACUACACUGUCAUCAUGAACAACAGAGUCUGCAUAUCGCUUGUCCUCUGUGCUUGGCUGGCAGGAUUCUUAAGUAUCUUCCCACCAGUUGUUCUUUUUCUCCAAUUAGAUUACUGUGGCUCCAAUGUCAUUGAUCAUUUUGCCUGUGACUAUUUCCCCCUCUUGCAAUUAUCCUGCUCAGACACCUGGCUCCUGGAAGUGAUUGGUUUUUACUCUGCAAUAGUGAUUCUGCUGUCCACCUUGGCAUUAAUAAUUCUAUCCUACAUGCUCAUCAUUAGGACAAUUCUAAAACUGCCUUCUGCCAGCCAGAGAAAAAAGGCAUUUUCUACAUGCUCCUCUCACAUGAUUGUUAUUUCCAUCUCUUAUGGAAGCUGCAUAUUCAUGUAUGCCAACCCUUCAGCAAAAGAAAAGGCAUCUUUGACCAAAGGAGUAGCUAUUCUGAACACUUCUGUUGCUCCUAUGAUGAAUCCAUUUAUAUAUACCUUGAGGAACCAGCAAGUGAAGCAAGCCUUUAAGGAAGCUUUUCAAAAGGUUAUUUUUUUCUCUGGUAAAUGA